UUCAAUCAUUGGCACGGGUGGCUCUGGGAAGACCACUCUUGCCAGGAAAAUCUACAAUGAUGUUGUCAUCAAAAGUCAGUUUAAUUGCCGUGCGUGGGUCUGUAUAUCUCAAAAUUUCCGAACCAGAGAACUGUUGCUUGAAAUUUUGAAGUCAGCUGAGAUGCCAAAAUCAGAUGAGUUGACAAGGAAGAAGCUGUUCAAAUGCUUGAGUGAGGAUGAACUAAAAAAGAAGCUAUUUAGAUGCUUGCAAGGGAGGAGGUACCUAAUAGUCAUUGAAGACAUUUGGAAACCUGAACAAUGGGAUGAGGUAAGUUCUGUUUUUCCUUGUAACUCAAACAGAAGCAGAAUAUUGAUUACUAGCAGCAUAAAAGAAGUAGCUUCACAUGCAAGUCUUACUCCUCCCCACUCUCUCCGAUCUCUUAACAAUGAUGAAAGUUGGGAACUCUUUAACAGGGAGGUGUUCCGAGAAGGAACAUGUCCUUCCGAGUUGGAAGCUCUCGGAAGAAAAGUUGUGAAAGAUUGUCGUGGUUUACCACUUUCUAUUGUAGUAUUAGGGGGCCUUUUAGCAUACAAAAAGAAGAACUAUCAAACAUGGUCCAAAUUGAUUAGCAACGUAAAUUGGCGCCUUACUGAGGCUAAUACAAUAUGCAAAGACAUACUAGACUUGACCUACAUCCACCUGCCUCUGUACUUGAAACCUUGUUUUUUGUAUUUUGGUGUUUACCCCGAAGGCUUUGAAAUCCCUGUAAGGCAACUAAUUCAACUGUGGGUAGCUGAGAGAUUCAUUCAGCAAACUAAAGAUAGGGAGCCAGAGGAUGUUGCUCAAGAGUACUUGGACGAGCUCAUAGAUCGAGGCUUGAUCCAAGUGGGUAGGCGGAGGACAGAUGGAGGGGUAAAGACAUGCCAUGUCCAUGAUAUUUUGCGAGAUUUUUGCAUAUCAAAGAGUGCGGAAGAGAGGUUUUUUGAGGUUUGUACAAAUGUUAACCUUAACCUUUUAUCCGUUAAAAAAUCCCGUAGACUUUCCAUCCAGGGUAGCAUUGAUCCAUAUAUUUCUUCAAAUCCCCCUCACUUUUCCCGUUCUUUGUUGUUUCUUGGUCAACAUACAUAUGCAUUCGACUCAAACCACUGGAAAUGGGUCCUCGAAAACUUCAAGCUUCUUCGAAUGCUUAAUUUCGGGUGUGUAGAUCUCUACUCCAUUCCCACAAGGAUAGAAGAAUUGAUCUAUUUGAGGUACUUGGGUAUAGAAUCUGAUGCUCUGAAAGCUAUUCCAGCUUCCAUUUGCAAGCUUGACAGACUAGAAACACUUGAUUUUAGAGGUACCUUUCUGAAUUGUUUGCCAGAAGGAAUAUGGAAGCUUCCAAAUUUAAGGAAUUUGUAUAUGUCUGGGCCAGUUGAAUAA